CUGGUAUUGUGAUUGCUGUGAGCCUCGGUGGCUUUAACAGGUGUUAUUAUUGAGCUGCGAUGUGUUGAUUGAAAGAGGAGGAUUAUUGGAGCCUAAUCGAUAAAGUCUAAUGGCCUAGAUGGAGGCUAAAAUUUCCGAAUAUCGAAGGAGAAAACGAAGAGAGGCGAUGAUGGAAGCUGUGAAAAAUUCGCUUAAAGAAGUAUUGUCGUGGCAGAGUAAUGCAACUACCGCUAACGUGAAGGGUAUGGAGAGGUUGCAGGACGAGGACGACCUGGAAAGCAUUUUGUCGGAGGAUAGCAUAGACGAAACAGCUUGCCCGAGUACAUUUUACGCUCGAACGAUCGGCCUUCUAUAUUUCUUAUUAUGGUUGACGUUGUACAUCAUUGCUAUCCAAAUUGAAUUUGGCAGUGUAUAUUUUGUAAUCUCGACGUUGGCCUUCAUCUGCUUGAAUACGCGAUCUGGCCGAAAGAAUACAGAAGAAGUUAGCGCAUACUCGGUUUUCAAUCCAAACUGUCAUUCCAUUGCCGGCACCUUGACAGCUGAGCAAUUUGAACAAGAAAUCAGAUAUGGACCAUUAAGCGUAAAGUAACGAGUGUAGGAGGAAAUAUAAAAUGACAAAAUAAAAUACUUUGGAUCCCAUUGAAAAAAUAUUUCUUCGGAUAAUCUCCACAUAGCCAGUCCGACAAUUUGUGCUAAAAUCUUUUGAUUUUGUUCGAUAUUUUGAGAAGUAGAAUUUGGGUU